UGUUUUUUUUUGGGUUCGUGUGUCGAAUUGCGUACGUGCGUGCUGACAUGGCUGAUACCAUGGAUUCUUUUGCGCAAGUAUUACCAUCUUGUCGCUGUUUUGAUUUUUUCUCCAGCAGUUAUAUUUCAGCCUGCUUUCUUGGACUUGGCAUUUGGUGCAGCAUUUGCAGUUUUCUUAACAUUGGAGAUGAUACGAAUUUGGGAAAUAUACCCUCUUGGGCAUGUUGUGCAUCAGUUUAUGAACGCCUUUACUGACCAUCGUGAUUCUGAAAUUCUUAUCGUCAGCCAUUUUUCACUCUUAUUGGGCUGUGCACUUCCUAAAUGGAUGUCAUCUGGAUUAAAUGACCGACCGCUUGCCCCUUUCGCUGGAAUUCUCAGCUUAGGGAUAGGUGAUACCAUGGCAUCAAUGAUAGGGUACAAGUUUGGCGUGUUAAGAUGGAGCAAGACAGGAAAGAAAACAAUUGAAGGCACAGCAGCAGGCAUAACUUCUGUGCUCGCAGCCUGCUCGAUUCUGGUGUCGCUCUUAGCUUCCAGUGGAUACAUUCUUUCGCAGAAUUGGCUAUCACUCCUGAUAGCUGUAACAUUGAGCGGAUUAUUGGAGGCAUAUACAGCACAGCUCGACAAUGCUUUCAUACCUCUCGUGUUCUAUAGUCUUCUAUGUCUAUAGGAAUAACUUUUGUACAUCAAACUGACCUUGAGGUCCUUUUCUUUUCUUGCUAAUAUAUGAUAGUAUGUAGUGCGAUAUGUUAUUCCGACAGGACUCACUCGGUCUCCUCGGCUCAUCAACUGCCUGAUUCGACUGAUCACAUUCUCUGUGAUACUGUGUUCAGAAGUUCAGGAGUCGGGGUGCUCAUGGUCAAAACAGUCGGUACAGGCGUAGGAACAGAAGUAGGAAAACAUAUAUGUUCUCCAGUAGAUCGCAUUUUUGGUAUAGUUGAUUGUACAUGAAGUACUAUCGGAACCUGUCAUUGGAAUAUAGUACAUGUUGUUCCUUCAAA